CCAAAAUUUCUUCUUUUUUUUUUGGUGUUCUUGGAAUUGUCCAAGGAGAGCAUUUAAUAAUACAUGUACCAACACACUUUCUCUCUCAUCCACCAGAAUGAUUUGUUCUUACUCACUGCCCCUGCUCCCCGAAAAGAAGAAAACCAACCCGGAUUUGGAGCUCAAAUCCAAGCCAAAAACUUCACCUUAAAAUUGCUUCCUUUCCUGCUCCCACUCUUCUCCUUCCCCUCCAUGUCACUACUUCCCUUUCAUGUUCUCCUUCAUGCACCCACCUCUGACCUCCUUGCAUCCGUUCCCUUGUAGCGGAGUCAAGAGUGGUUGAGGAGAUGGACUUUGGUGGAGUGGUGGAUAUGGAUAUGCUAGUGGCUGCGUCGUCUGAUGCUGGUGGUGUCUACUCAUCUUCCAUGACCUCCUCCGACACUGAACUCAGCAGGCAAAGAAUGCUCUCGGGAUCUUCUUUACAGAAGAAUGAGACCUCACCAGAAGCCGAGGACCAUGACAUGAGAUGCCUCAAGCUGGCUCGAACCGAGCCUAAGGUGGCACCGACUGCAAAGGUGGCUCCUUUCCUCGUCCCCAGCUACCCCUACCUCUUCCCUGAUGGAGCGGAAAUGCUCAGUUUCUCCUCAACAUUCAAGCAAGAAGCAAUGGGGCUGAGCCUGGAUGGGACGUUGCCUUACCAACACCACCGGUCGGCGCCCACUUCAACACCCUCUUGUCUCAGGAAUGCAGGCUUGUGUUCAGGGAGCUUUGAUGUGAACAUGAAUGAAGUUUUGGCGAGGGUGAGGUGGCCAUUCACUCCAACGCAGUGGCUGGAGCUCGAACGCCAGGCUUUGAUCUACAAACACAUUGUUGCAAAUGCGGCCAUACCACCCAGCCUGUUCAUCCCUUUUAGAACAAGUCUCAGCACUUUUGGGUUUUCUUCCCUUCCAGUUGGAUCCUUUGGCUCAAGCACAUUUGGAUGGGGGUUGUACCAUCAAGGAUACUCGGGAAAUGAUGAUCCAGAACCUGGUAGAUGCCGUCGAACUGAUGGGAAAAAAUGGCGGUGUUCAAGGGAAGCUGUUGCUGACCAGAAGUACUGUGAGCGGCACAUCAAUCGGGGCCGCCAUCGUUCAAGAAAGCAUGUGGAAGGCCGCACUAGCCAUGCCAUGAAAGCAAUACCUGCCUUAGCACCUUCACCAUCUGUUUCUGCUAAUCAAAGUGGUGGAAUAUCCGGUAAACUCACCACUUCACAGCAUCAAACUGAAAGUCUGCAAACAAACAUGACCAAUUGCUGCCCUGCACAGUUUGACAGGAUCACAAUGAGCAAUGGAAAUGUAAAUGGACGUACACAGAAUUCCAAAGACCUUUCCAUGCUAGAUUCUUUUAAUUCAAGAAGCAUGAGUAACUUAUUUCCAGUAUCAGAAGAACAUGAUCCCUUUAAAGGAUCCUCAUCUGAAACAGAACUUGGGCACAUUUCCAUGGAUUCCCUUUUGAAACCUCAGAGCAGUUCCUUCUCUGAUAAUAUCAGCUAUAUUACCAUCCCAAUGCUCAACAACCAGCAGACCGAAACCCAUCCCCUUCGACCCUUCACUGAUGACUGGCCCAGGAACCAGUCUGAUCAUUCAAAUAUCUCGCGGUCUGAGGAAUAUGAUACAAUUGAUGUGGGUCUAGGAGCAGCUGCACCAAGUGAAGCAAGCAAUUGUCAGCCAGGUUGGUUGCCAAUCUCCUGGGAGUCUUCCAUGGCUGGACCUCUAGGAGAGGUCCUAAACAAUAACACUAGCAAUGUGGAUGACCAAUGCAGAAACCUGCUGUCAUCAUCUGUAAAUUUCUUGACUGAUAGCUGUGGUUUGCACACUUGGUUGGAGUCCUCUCCAGCCGGCAUCCUACAGAAAACUUCAUUUUGUUCAGUGUCGAGCAGCACCAGGAGUAGCCCCAGGGUGGAGAACCACAAGUCUCAUGAAAGCAAUGGCAGCAUGUGUGAUGAUAUUUUUGGCUCAACCAAGGUAGAUCUCCCUACCAUCCCCUCAUAGCAUGCUUUGAUCUGCAAAUGAUAUGAGAAGACAGCAAAUGAUAUGAGAAAAAGCCUAGCAAAUAACACGACAGUGAGGAAUGCAAAACCAAUGCACUUUUCUUUUCUAGUGAUCAUUAUAUGUUCUUUCUAUUGUGUAAUAUUCACUCUAUCAACAAUACAUUCUGGAUGGCUUCAACUAAUGGCUUUUUUUUUCAGAGAGAGAGAGAGAGAGAGAGAGAGAGAGAGAGAGAGAGAGAGAGAGAGAUUUGAAAGUGAUCGUGUUUUAGAUCUGUAAUGUGAAAGUUGUGAGAGGCUGAAUAUGAAACCUUGUCUUGCUCAGAUAUUCUACUGUGUUAUUAGAUUAAAUACUCUUACAUCUUAUGUUGAUUCAAACAACAAGCAUUAAGAUUUGCUGUC